AUGCUUGUAUGUUUGAGAAAUGUCGAAUUAUAUCGCGGGGACUUGAGUCGUACGAAGGUUAUGGAAGAUAAACGGCGCUGUGGCCAUCCAGCUGUGCCGCCUAACGCAAGAGUAUCACUUUCAAAUAGUGACAUUGUGCCUGGAACUCUGGCCACAUAUGAAUGUGACGAGGGUUAUGAGCUCUUCGGAGGGCAUCAGAAAGAGUGCACCGUUAGGGGCGAUUGGAAAGGAGAUUCACCAUUUUGUGGUACGUAA